CGUUUUAUGCUUAAUAAAACUCAUCAGUUUAUUUUUCGUAUAUAAACUCCAGAUAACAUCAGAACCCUGAACCUCACCUAGCGGCGGCCCUUCCUCUUCCAGGUGAUUUGAGCUUUGUGUUGUGUUUCUUGUUCGGUUAAGCAAUCCGCAAAGAUGCAGAACGAAGAGGGUCAAAACGUGGAUCUUUAUGUACCCAGGAAAUGUUCCGCCACUAACAGGCUCAUCACCUCGAAGGAUCAUGCUUCUGUCCAGAUCAACAUUGGACACUUGGAUGAGCUUGGCAGAUACACUGGCUCAUACUCCACUUUCGCUCUUUGUGGCUUUGUCCGUGCCCAGGGUGAUGCUGACAGUGCCCUCGACAGGCUUUGGCAGAAGAAGAAAGGCGAAGUCCGACAGCAGUGAUAGGCUGUUUCUGAACUUGUGUUAGUUUGAACUAUUAAGUUGUAGUUUGUUUUGGUGGAUUAUGUUGAAGUUGUUUUCGUUGAAACGGAUGAUACCUUCAAUUUGGUUCUUUUUCAAAUGGGGGCAUAGCUUCCUUUUAGUUAGACAUCUCUAUUCUUAUUGUUUUGGCUUUUAGUGAGGCAAACCUUCUUUUAGGUACACAUAUAGAGUCCUUCCCCACAAUCAAAAAGUUUGGUAGCUCCAAAGCCAGUGGUAAGCUUUGAUUUCCUUUUUGUUAUUGAACUUAGGGCAAAGGUUGCUUCCAUCAUUGUGUUGGUCAUGAUUGCCAUCAUUAAGAUCAUAAUUAUAGCAUCACCACUGUUAAUUAUUGUUAUGUUAAACCCCAUUUUUAUGACCAA